CUGGGCUCAGGACGGUGACGCACUUCCGGCCUUUGUGGUUUGUCGGUUGUCGGGGUGAUUGGAUGCCGCUACGGGUCUCGAGCGGCCUGAACCCUGGAGCUAGAGUGAGCCUUUUAAAUUCAUCCCAGAAUGGCUUCAACAGAAGAACCAGAUGGCCUUAAGAUUGUGAAGGUGGAGGAUGACACAGUCUGGGACCAAGACCCCUACCUUGGAGAGGACAGCUUUUCUGGCCAGGAGACCUCCCGCCAACUUUUUAGGCACUUUUGUUACCAAGAGACUCCUGGUCCCCGAGAAGCCCUGAGCCGGCUCCGGGAGCUAUGCCACCAGUGGCUGAGGCCCGAGACCCACACCAAGGAGCAGAUCCUGGAACUGCUGGUGCUGGAGCAGUUCCUGACCAUCCUGCCCGAGGAGCUGCAGGCCUGGGUGCGGGAGCAGCAUCCAGAGAGUGGGGAGGAGGCCGUGGCUGUGGUUGAAGAUCUGGAGCGAGAGCUCUGUGAGCCAGAGAACCAGGCCCCAGACCAUAAGCAGAGGCAUUCAGAAGUGCACUCCGAAGAUGUGGUUCACCCGAAGGCCAAGCAGGACUCAACAGCCAUCCAGCUUCAGGCCAUGGUGACACAGCUCAAAUGUGAAUCCUUCGAUCCCCACAAAUUUGGAGAACAAGAUGGUAAAACUGUGUCUGAAAAUCGGGAGUUGGCAUCAAAACAAGAAGUAUUAAAAGAAAUGGAAUAUUUUGGGAAUAGCAGACUCCAAAGAGAUGUUCCUUUGGAUUCGAAGUGCAGAGAAACUUGUAAACCUGAGAGCAGGGUAGAAAAGCCGAGAGGACACCAUCCUGGAGAGAGACGCCAUAGGUGUGGUAAAUGUGGGAAAAGCUUUACUCAAAGUUCAGUUCUUGUUCAGCACCAGAGAACCCACACUGGGGAGAAGCCAUACGAAUGUGAAGAAUGUGGGAAGACCUUCAGCCAGAGGUCAGGCCUGAUUGAACAUCAGCGGAGCCACACUGGAGAGAAGCCCUAUCAGUGUAAGGAGUGUGGGAAAGCCUUCAGUGCCAGCAAUGGCCUCAUUAGACACAGAAGAAUCCACACAGGGGAGAAACCAUAUGAAUGUGAAGAGUGUGGGAAAGCCUUCCGCCUCAGCUCAUACCUUGUUCAGCAUCAGAGGAUUCACACUGGAGAGAAGCGCUAUCGCUGCAAGGAGUGUGGCAAAGCCUUCAGUCAGAAUGCAGGGCUUUUUCAGCACCUUCGAAUCCACACAGGUGAGAAGCCCUACCAUUGUGGUCAGUGCAGUAAAAGCUUCAGUCGGCGAACGCUCCUUAUCAAGCAUCAGAGAAGCCACACUGGAGAGAGACCUUACGAAUGUGAUGAGUGUGGAAAAGCCUUCAGCCAUCACUGCAACCUCAUUAGGCAUUUUAGAAUCCAUGCUGUGUCCAAACUAGACUGAGUCCAUGGAUCCUCCAGACCCUUUAGUGGGGGCCUCUUGGAAAGUAAGAUUUUCAAGAGCUUAUUUUGUUCCUGUCAAAUUUAUUUUAUUUUGGAAUGAGAAGGUUGUCUUCAUAGCAGGUGCUGGAAUCCUGGGGUGGGUGACUGAUGUGGCCUGUGUCAGGCUGCCUCCAUCUUCCCUACCCCUUGAUUUAUUUCUAAUCAUUUCCCUUAUAGGGGCCAAGUCUUAUCCGAAAGUAAACUGGAAUGCAGGGGCUGUUGUUGAGUUUAAUACUGAAUAUUGAACAACUCUCAAAGGCUACAGUCAAACUCUGAAUCAGAAUUUCAAAAGACAGCAUAGUUUCAGAUUGGGCAAGUGCAAAGGUUACUCAGAGGUGAGGUUGGGGUGUUCUUUUGCUUUUCAUUUUUUGCUUUCUGUAGAAGUUAUAGUCUAAACAUACUUAAGAGUUUUGGGAAUAAGAAUCAUUCCCAUUCCCAUAGGAGGUCAUCAUCUUGGUCCUCCUAAGAAUGGGAUGGGUGAUCUCUUUGGUGCUGUCACUGGAAGCGGUGGCAUACUUAGUAACCAAGCCACAUUAUCAAUGGCGUGAAACCUGUAGUCCCCAAUGCUUUAGAAAUCUAUGUCCUCUUUGAUAUCAAACUCCAGGUUCUCAGUGCAGGUCAUUACCAUAUUUAAGAUUUCCAGCUUUGUGAUAAAUAAUGAAGACGAUGCUUUAAAAUCUGUUUUAUUCUGAGCCUUUUCUGUCAUUAUCUGCCACUGCCUUCUGGAGGAGAGCUAGCAGUCUUCCAUGCUACUGCAAGCAGCCUCUGUAAAGAAAAGGUGCCUCCAACCUUGACUGUCGCUGGUUUGGGGAGACCAGCAGGCUGAGGCCACUGGCUUAAGCACACAAGCUCCGGCACCAAACCACCUAGUAUUCAAACCCGCCUCUUUGUGAGCCGUGUGACUUUGGGCAACUUAUUUAAAUUCCCCAUGAUAUAGUCGCCCUAUCAGUAAAAUAGGGGGUAACAAUACCUUUGUCAUAGGGUACCUAAGAUUAAACUAAUUCAAACUUGUAAAGCACUGAACAUUUAGCUCUCAGUAAGUGUGCAGUACACUUUACAGAUGAAGGCAAUACUCUUCUGAAGACUAGGUGGAGCUGUGUUGUGUUUGCACUGAGUGGGACAUUAAAUGCCUCUGCUCAUGGUCUCAUUAUACUUCUCUCUACAGUCAAAAGCUGAAUCAAAAGUUCAAAAGACAGGAAAUAAAAGUUCAGCUUAAAAGUAUACUAUGCUAGAACUUUGUCUUCAAAGUUUAUUUAAAAAUAAAGGCGCAUAUGUGUGGGUGUGUGGGUCUGCAUAUGUAUGUGUGUCCAUAUGCAUUUGUCCAUGUGACUUUGCUUAGGAAUCACAACUGAAAAAAAUUCCUUGGUUAUUUUAUUUGUGACUAGAAUGAUUAGAUUUUCAGAUUAUCUAGGGUCAUACUGAGUUUUAGAGUAACUACACGUCACUUGGCAUCUUGUUAAAAUACAGAAUCUAAUGUAAAGGGUCAGAAUGGAGUCCUGGAAUCUGCCUUUGAAUAAGAUGCCCUGCUGGCUCAUGGGAUGCACCUGAAGCCUGCCCUCCCUGCAUGGAUCUCCACCUGCCUCACCUGAGGAGAGUGAGGUGCCUUAAGGUACAGUGGGCAGGUAGGUUUGGGGAGCAGGGCAGUGCCCUCUCCUCUGACACAGGCAGAUUCAGCCGCAUUUUUACCUGGGGAGUCUAAGCAGUGCUUCGAAAUGUUGGGGAACAGCCACUAUGCCUGAGCGGCUGUUCCUGCGCCUCCAUACACGUGCUCCCAGGACGCUGCUCGUAGUUGUGAGCACUGGGCACUCUGAGCACCUCUCCCCGAGAUGUCCUCAUGUGGGCUGCACACUUGGCUUCCACGCGAACGUCCGCGCAGUCCCUGUGGACUCCAACCCGUGUCAGGCCGCUCCUCUCUCACCUCCUCAAAAGGCCAAGUACAGAAGAGAAGCCAGUUACAAAACAGGCCAACAGGAGAAAAGGGGGGGGGGCUCCCGAUGUGUGACGGGGAGCCUGCAGUGAAGACACACUGAAGGGAGAAUCUGGCAAGGUUCUU